AUGGCUCAACAACCACCAAUACGAAAAGGACGAAAUUUUUUCACACGAGCACUUUUCCAUCCCCGAACCUAUUAUUUGAUUCAAAUUGGAGGAAUCUCAACAAUUUGUUAUGUGAUGCUGGUAAAAACGAAGUGGGCCGAAGGAACUGUGUUUUAUGAUCUUCAACAAUGGGCAAAAGAAAAGAGUGAUAAUUGGAUGAAAAUGAGUGAUGAGGAAAUUGAACGACAAAAACAAAUUAUUCGAGUUUCUAGGGAAAAUGCUUCCAAACGAGACCAAUAA